GGCCCCACCCGUGAAAUCACACCUCUGGGAAGCUCGCGUUCAUCCCCAAACUUUCCCCACUCUUCCUCCCACCACCUCUUCCGCAUCAAACGCAAACGGCAAACGGCAAACCUCCCCCGCGUCGCAAGUGCCCCAUUAGCUCCGAAAAUCCAAAACCGCCUUCCCCUCACCAACCCACCCAUCCCACUCCCCCGCCGCGGCCGCCAUGACGACCCAAUCCAACGGCGACCACCACGGCAACGGCCCCUACUCCUACCCGCAGCGCCGCCCGCACUACGGGGGAGCCCCGCCCUCGUACGGCUCGUCGGCCUCCUUCCGCGGCUGCUGCUGCUGCAUCUUCAUGCUCGUCAUCUUCCUGGCCCUCCUCGCCCUCGCCGUCGCGCUCGUGGUCGUCCUCGCGGUCAAGCCCCGCAAGCCCCAGUUCGACCUCAACCAGGUCUCCGUCCAGUACCUCCUCGUCGCCCCGCCGUCCCCGACCGCGUCGCCGUCCACCGCGGUCCCGGCCGCCGCCUACCUCUCCCUCAACAUCACCCUCCUCUUCACCGCCGUGAACCCCAACAAGGUCGGCAUCCGGUACGGGGCCACGGCGUUCGACGUCAUGUACCACGGGGUGCCGCUCGGGGUGGCGGCCGUCCCCGGGUUCGAGCAGCCCGCGCACAGCACCCGCCUGCUCCAGACCCGCGUCAUCGUCGACCGCUUCAACGUGCUCCAGUCCGACGCCCAGGACCUCGUCCGCGACGCCGCCAUGAGAGACCGCGUCGACCUCCGCAUCACCGGCGACGUCGCCGCCAAGAUCCUCGUGCUCGGCUUCUCCUCCCCAAAAGUCCAGGUGUCGGUGGAUUGCGCGAUCGCCAUCAGUCCGAUGAAGCAAUCGGUAACAUACAAGCAAUGCGGCGUGGACGGGCUAAGCGUGUAGGAACCAAGCCUCCGCCACGGCAGCAUCAGCAACGCCGCAGAAACGGAAGCUCCUAUAAUCAGAUAGAUGUGUGGAUGCCAAUCUGUACGAAGACUCUAAUCUCUAAUCUCGGAUUUUGAUUCCUUACUGUACUGUACAUUGGGGCCGGGUAAAUUCUGAGCUCUCACGGCCUCACCACGCCUUAGCGGAGGCCACCACUGAUUUUGUGUGCGUGUGUGUGUGUGAAUUACCGAAUGUCAUUAGGAGUAGUAGUAGUAGUAUAUUAAUCUCCAUGGAUUUUCUACAA